AUAUUCAUGUUUAUACCUAUAUUUUUAUAUAUUACAUGUAUUGUAAAAUUACAAGACUGAAAUAUUUGCUUGAACUCUUUAAUUGAAGAAUAUAUUUAUAUAUUUUAAGUUGUCCAAAUGCCUGAAGAGCAGAAGAUUUUGAGGCUACAAGAUGUUUGGCGUACUUGUAAUAAAAUACGAGCGGCGAUAUUUCGCGUGGGUUUUAACUUAUGGGAUUUUUACAAACCGUUAGAUCCUAAUAAUAAUUGUUUAAUUUCAGAAUCAAAAUUUAUUUCUGUAUUGGCUGGACCGUUGAAGGAUAAAAUUGGUUUAUCUGAUAAAGAGAUUUGCGAUUUGGCCGAUUAUUUUCGCGUUCAAGAUGGCCGAAUAUUUUACACACAGUUUUGCCAAAUAAUUCACGAUAGUGUUCCUGAAUUUGAUAAAAAUGAACCGCUUGUAACUGGUUUGGAGUGGGAAGAUCCAGAGCAUGUAAAUCGAAUAAGUGCAACAGAACAUCGAAAAUUAUGUCUUAUACUCACUCAAAUUGCAGUUCUUGUAAACAAAAGAAAAUUGGUGUUGAGACCUUACUUUCAAGAUUACGAAUUGAUUGCAAAAAAUGCUGGAACUAUAACUUUCACGCAUUUUGGACGAAUCUUACAAUUUUUAGGUAUCGUUCUUGCUUCUGAAGAAUUUUGUUUACUUGUAAAGAGAUUCGCAAAAGAUGCUUAUACGAUUAACUAUGUGGCCUUCUUGAAAGCGAUUGACGAAAUUCAAUCUUACUUUGAUAAACAUCAAAUGCUGGCCCUUGGUGGAGAAUUACUUGAUCAAUUUCCUGGUCGAAUUAUCACGGCUGAAUUACCGAAACUUCCAAGACCGGAAAUUGGUAAAGUCAUGCCAAGUAAAGUGUUUGAGAAACAAGUAGUGUUUCAUCCGGUGAUGGAAGAACAAAGAGGUACAAUGCCUUUAAUGGAAGUUAUUCAACGUAUUCAAAGACAUAUCUUUGAAAAUCGAAUACGUAUUUCGGAAUUUUUUAAGAACUUCGAUCCUUUGAAUGCGGGCAAAACGACGAUUUCCAACUUUAAACGAGGAUUAGAUGGCCUUCAGAUUUCGAGCUUAGGACGUCUCUAUCUUGCAGAAACGGAAAUUGACGCGCUUGUUACGCUUUACAAAGACCCAAAUGACCCAGACCGUGUUUGUUGGCGAACAUUUGAAGACGACAUCGAUAAAGUAUUUACUGUGAAAGAACUUGAAAAGUUGCCCACUUUGAAAGUUGAAGUGCCGCCAAAAGAAAUAGCAGAACUAAGUCGAAAAGGAGCGUCUCAUUGGCUAUGUGAAGGAAAAGACAUAAGAGAUCUUUGUGAAAAAACAUUAUUAAAAAUUCGACAUCGAGUCGAGGAAAGGAGAAUUUUAAUAAAACAAUUUUUUAAGAAUUACGAUCGACAUAACAAAGGUCACGUAUCACGUUCGCAAUUACGCCAAGUUUUAAGCACCGCAGCGGUAUUACUUUCUGAAGAAGAAGAAUUUGCAUUAGAACGGAGGUAUAAUAAUGAUUUAGGUUUUAAUUAUAAUUGGUUUUUAAAAGAAUUAGAAGCUCAACGAAUCGAAGAUCCCUUGUAUCAUUCCAUGGUAAAAGAAAAAAGGCAAAUCAAUGCUGAGAAACCACCACCGGAAGUCACAGCUGAAGAAACAAAUAUCGUUUUAAUUCUAGCUAAAAUCAAAGCAAAAGUUGUACGUGAAAGAAUAAAGGUUAUCGAAUUCAUGCGUCAAUAUGACGUUCAUAAUGAACACGUUAUAAAAAGAACAGAGUUUCUACGAGGACUGGAUCAAUUACGUUGCAAUUUGACUUGCACAGAAAUGGGAACUAUUAUGGAUAUUUUCCAAUCACCUUUAAGACCAGAUUGUGUAGACUACGUGAAAUUUGCCGAAAUGGUCGAAGAAGCUGUUACUUUAGGCAGUUUAGAAAGAGCUCCACGUUUAGUACCUGUGCAACAUGUACCCUCGGAAGCCAGUCCUAAGACAUUCUUGAAUUUCGAUGAAAGACAUAUGGUUACAAUGGCAAUAGACAAAUUGAGCAAAAUACAACAACCAAAUCUCGAGGAGUUGUUCAAGAACUACGAUAAAGAGAAUAUUGGCUCAGUUUCGAAAGAGUGUUUAAUCAAAGUUUUAUCUAUCAGACGUAUGUUAGAAUUAAUCACCAACAGAGAACUGGACGCUGUGCACAAAUGUUUCUCUUUAAAAAGAGAUAAUCAACUGGAAAUUGAUUAUCGAGCAUUUUUGCGCGCUUUAUAUUUGAUGCAAGAAAACAGAAAACAUUUGCCGUUUUAGCUCUGUUGAGCAUUAUAAUUAAAAGAAAUAAAAAUUGUUCAUACGUA